AUGACAAACCACGACCCUCACACCCCAGCUAUGCUCCCGCCGCCAGUCCCGUCUGCCAGCAAAACUCCUUCUCCAGCCGCCCUUUCUCGCGCUCUCUCCGACCUCACCCUGUCGACGCCUGUUCCCCUUUCCUCGUCUGCGACUUCCGGCAAGACGAUGCGAACGCGCACACGAAGCGGUUCGCCGGCCUCGUCGCCCGGCCAGUCGUCCUCUGGCAGCUCCAUCUUUGACCGACCUUCCGCCUCCUCGCAUUCGACUCGCGACAGCACCCUCGAAGCGAUGGCCCGACCUCAUCUGCAAGGUGCUUCAACGUCUAUGUCGGCUGUAUCGGCGGCUGGAGGUGGCGGGAGGAAGGCGAGUGUCAGCCUGCAGCUGUUCAAAGAGACGGCGAGGUCUGCGGCGGAACGAGGGAGAGGAGGCGACGACGCAGCAAAGAGGAGCGGCAGCCGAGAGUCGCCGUCCAAGUCGCGGCACCCGUCUAGCUCGUCUGGGAAGGGCAAGGAGCGGGAGCAGACGAUCACCCUGCCAAGCGGCGAGGGGUUCGUGACGUUCUCCUCUCCGCUCGCUUCGCCCGAUGCGACAAUCUUUGCGCCGCUACCCUACCCUGCGACUAGCCAACCCUGUCCCUCGCGAUCUCGCAACCCCUCACGGCCGCCGAGUCGCCUCGGCACUCGUUCACCCAGCGUCUCGUCUCACCCGUUCCCGGCAUCUCCUUCGAAGUCUUUCCAUCAGCACCAGAUCCCGCUCUCCGCGACCUCGUCUCCUCACGCUCACCCCAUCCCGACAGCGCCAACUCCAUCUCACCCUUCUCCGUCCGGCUUGUCAACCUCGCGACCUGUCAGCCCCCAUCUCCCCGCACAACACGCCCUCCCGCUCUCCCGUUCGCACUACAGCCCGCAUUCGCAUUACAGCCCGCGCAGCGUCGGGACGAGCAGUCCUGUACCCGAACUGACCGCCUUCGACAACAUGCGGCACGUCGGGCUGGGCGAGCCUGCACUCCCCUUGCCGUCAAGCGUGCUCAGUCCUGGAUCGUCUAGGCUGCACGAGCCCGCGCUGCAGUUUGACGAGGAGGCGGUGGAGGAAGACGAGGGAGAGGCGACUUUGUCGCUGCAGCAGUCGCCGCCGAGCGAAGCUUCUGCUCCCUCCUCGUCCGGCCUCAAGCUUGUGUACUCCCCCCGCCUCUCCUUUGACGCGAGCAAGAGCAACACGCCCAGCCAUUCUCCCCCGCUCGGUCGGCGGCACACGCGGACGAAGGACGACGGCUCGAAGGAGGUGCACUCGACUUCGGCAGCUCUGGCGAUCCCUUCGCCGUCGACUGUCGGUCGCGUCGGAUUCUCCGAUCUCGUCCAGAUGCACGAGGCAUACCCGCCUGCAUCGACCGCCGAGACGACCGAGGACGAGCGGACCGAGUACGACAGCUGGACUGGUAGCACGAGCGACACAGGUACCGAGUCUUCGGGUGAAGAGUCGUAUUCGGGCGACGAGGCGAGCCAGGCAGAUGGUGAAGAGGACGGCGAGGGCUCGGGCGCGAAGGAGGAAGAGUACGAGGUCGACAUGGGCGCGUUGCAGGACAAGCUGGCGCAAGGAGGAGGAGGCGAAGUGUCGAUCCGCCGAGACGAGAACCGCGCGAGCGACUUCAAGAGCCGGCUUGUCGGCGGAGACGGCAGGACCAGCUCGACUGUCCCGCUCGAGCCGUUUCGCCAUCAGGUCGGCGGGCACAGCCAUAUCUUCCGCUUCUCGAAGAAGGCGGUCUGCAAGCCGCUCACCUCGCGCGAGAACCAGUUUUACGAAGCCCUCGAGCGAGUCAGCCCUCGCCUGCUCGCCUUUGUCCCGCAGUACCUCGGCGUCCUCAACGUCACCUACCGGCGUGCUCCCUCCGCCGUGCCGAACCCGGUCGACGAGCUCAGCCGGCUUGCAUCCGAAGAGCAGGGCGGCGCUCGCCUUUCGCGGCGGCACUCGUCGCCGGCCGGUACAGGCGUCUCCUCGCCCGCUCGGCGAGUCUUCCGGCAGAAAGCCGAGCGCGAGGAGGAGGUGCCGGAGGUCACGCUGGAGCGGAACCGGCACAUCAUCCCCGACAGCAUGGUCUGGGACGCCGUCAAAGGAUUGCGCAAGUCGAACGGUCGACGCCGCCGCAGGGCUGGUGAACGCUCGACCGACCCCGAGACGAUGGCGAAUGACUCGCCCGGCGGCGGCAUGCUUUCGUCGCCCGACUUUGCGCCCUCUUCGUACUCGAUCACCGGCAGCGUUGGGGAGCAGACUCAGCUCGCACAGCUCCCGCACUUCCCGCCUCUCGCCGCUUCGCCUUCGGCCACCUCGAUCGCACCUGUCCCUCCGACACCCAACUCGACUCCUACCGACGUCUCGUACGUCGACGGCAGGUCUCGAGGCCGCGUCGUCUCGUCCGAUUUUUCGACCUUGCCUUCCGCCUUCGCUCGCCGCUUCUCGCCAAACCGGCCUGACUCCCUCUAUCCGCCUUCGCCCGGCUCAUUCGCCUCCUAUCGCGGCUCGCCAAGCAUCGCCGGGACCGGCCAGACGAAGGUCAACACGAAGCUGUGCGAGCAGGUUCUUCGCGAGGUCUUCAGCUCGCCGAAGCUGCGCGAAGGGCGACGUGGCUGGAAGGAGGGCAAGCGGCGCAAGAUGCGGAGCAUGCACAGUACGAGCGACGUACCCCCCCCCCCCGCCGCUCUGAGGGAAGAGGCGGGUCAGGCUGACGCGGACGAGCGAGGAAACUCGACGGAGCGAGGCGAAGGAACGAGUCCAGGCGGGCAUAGUCUUCGGCCUUCGCUGCGCGAGACCCACAGCGCGAUCUACACGCCUGUCUCUCACGAGGACGAGCACGGGGACCCCGACCACGGCAAUACCGCGGACGCCGAGAACGAAGAGCCGGCGAGUCCGCGUCGCGGUUCAGCCGACUCGAUCCCGCUCGGCGCACCGCUUGGUCGCCGGCCUUCGACUUUGGCGGAGGAUAUGUUCGCGAUGGACGAUGUCGACGAGAAUGCCGCCUCGAACGGACGAGCAAUCCCGGUCCUGCCAUCGCCUGUCCGCCGUUCUUUCGACGCCAUCGCCUCUCCACUCGGGCGCGUUCAGCCGCACUCGCCUUCUUCGCUCGCUCCCGCAUUUCCUACUCCCGAUGCUCGCUCGCCUGUCGCCGGCCCGACACCUCCUCCAGCUGCGACGCCGUCUCGCCAGGAGCAGUUCAUCCUGAUGGAGGACUUGACCGGCAGCCUCAAGAAGCCGUGCGUGCUCGAUCUUAAGAUGGGCACGAGGCAGUACGGUAUCCUGGCGACGCCGGAGAAGAAGAAGAGUCAGACCAAGAAGUGCUCGAAGACGACGAGUCACGAUCUUGGCGUGCGGAUCUGUGGCAUGCAAGUCUACAAAGUCGAUGAGGACUCGUACACGUUUCAGGACAAGUACUUCGGCCGCAAAGUCAAGAUCGAAGAGUUCCCCUGGGUCCUCGCUUCGUUCCUCCACGACGGCGAAUCCGUUCUCGCCUACCACAUCCCCGAGAUCCUCCGCCAGCUCUAUCGCCUCGCCUCGAUUGUCUUCGCCCUCGACCGCUUCCGCUUCUACGCUGCAUCGCUGCUCCUCAUCUACGACGGCGACCCCGACGUCCAGGCCGAGUACAAGGCGAGCGUUCUCGCGCAGAUGGCCGAGCCGCACACGACGUCGACGCAGCUCAAAACCAUGUCGUCGAGCUUGCCAAACGAGCCGAACGCUUGGCCUCCGUUCGGCGGAUCGUGCGAGACGCUCGCCCCGGCAAACGGCGCCAUGAAGCGCCGCCCUCGGUCGAUGUCGGUCGGUGGAAACGACGAAGACGAGGAGGACAACUCGGACAGUCGCGCUCCUCUCGCCGCACCGUCUCACCGGCACUCGCACGGCCACCACAGCCACCGCAAGGACGGAGACCGCUCGCACUGCCGCUCUCGCAGCAAGAAGCGCAAAGUGCCAGGCGCCGUCACCAUCCGCUUGAUCGACUUUGCGCAUUGCACUACUGGCGACGACUUCAUCCCGCCCGAAGAGGCCGCCGACCUCGACCUCGACCUCGAACCAGGCGACAUCGCGCCUGACGGCCGGAUCGUCGCUCGCUUCCCGCCUACGCACCCGAACCAGCCCGAUCUCGGCUUCGCACUCGGCUUGCGCAGUCUGUGCGCCGCUUUGCGGAUGAUCUGGGCGGACGAGGUUCGGGCGGGUCGCCUCGAAGGCAUGGAUCGCGACCUGCACGUCGAGGGCGAGGAGGUCUUCCGCAAGGCAUGGGGCCCACUCGCCGACGAGGAGGACCUGCUGGUGUCGGGCCUUUCGCCGGAAACCGUGUACGACUUGUCGACGGCAUGA